UCUCGUUUAGGAAAGAAAGAAACCGGCAGUUUUCCUCUCGCGUGGCACGGGGAAAGUCUGUUUGGAGUCGUCUGACCCCACCACGUGUUUUGAUUGGUCGAAGGUCAGCAAAUUUCCUUAUUUAUUUGUGCUUGCACGUUUGGCAGCAUUGCAUUCGGAUACUAUGGAAUAAUUAUUUUUAAAGCAUCGUUAUGUGAAUUUUUUUUUCUCUUCAGAUUUGUUUUAUGGAGAUAAAAAGUUGGCCAUUCAGUGAAAACGAAUUGGGAUAUUUAAAGCACAUUUUGUAAAUCUGAAAUUUUAUGCAAUCACGAUACGAUAUUGCGACUAUUACCGUUUUUCAAAACAAGUGAAAAUUUUAUUCAAUUGUACCUGAAAUCGGAUAAUAUUUGAUAAAUCGAAUUAUAAACAUACUUUCGAUUAUUCGUUUACCAUAAAGGAUAUUUGUUAUCCCUGUUGCAUUUAUUGAACGAAAUUUUUGUUCUUAUCUAUGAUGUUUUACACACCUGUUUGAGUGUGACUAAAGGUUGGCUGUUGCGUACUGAGCAAGUGUUUAUUGUGGAUUAUAGUCAUGAAAGCAGCUUUGCUAGUUGAGUGACAACAUGGAAACGGGUACACCACCCCCAAAAGGCAAAAAGUGUUCCAAAGAGAAGAGUGCCAGUCCAACCAAAUCCAGGAAGGCACAACAGUCGCCUUCGAAAUCUCCGGAACACAGUUCUGCUAAGUCUUCUCCAGAGCACGAUCUGAAACUAUGGCAGGCGAAGGAACAGGUCCUCAGCAUGCCGAGCCCCAGACGCGAGUAUAGAGAAUGCAUGGUUGAUGCUCGCGGCACGGCUCAGUGCAAUACUACCCAGCCAACCAUGUGCUGUGGUCCCGACAAGAAGGGCGAAGGUUUUUCGAGGAUGGCCGUUUUGUAUUUCAUGUUCUUUUCGUGCGUGUUUGUGGUGGCCAUCAUCGGAUUGCGAAUGUUUACCAUUGAGGAUAAGCUCUUGAGGUUGGACACUGACUACCAGCAACAGCAGAUGAGAAUAGAAGUCCUAGAAGGAAUUAUAAAUAAAUUACAAAAGGAACAGAAGAGCAGUGCCGGCGGAGGCGCGGGGGAUUCCUUCGGACACAAGAGGAGCAGGCGAGAGACAGCAGAAUGUAUCUGUCCACCAGGCCCACCUGGACAAAGAGGUAAAAGAGGUCGAAAAGGUGAAGCUGGAGAUGUCGGACCGCCAGGACCUGUUGGACCACCUGGAAAACCAGGAUUCCCUGGUGCUAUUGGUAUUGAUGGCCCUAAAGGAGAUCCUGGUGAGAAAGGAGAAAAAGGUGAUAAAGGUGAAAGUGGAGGAGAUCUAUUUACAACUACUAAGGGUGUAAAGCGCUCUGUAAAUAACCUGCAGGGUGGAUCAGUAGGUUUUGCAGAAGCUGUCUCAAUGAAGGGGCUUGCAAGUCUUGGUAUGACUCUUGCCCCUGGUGAUUUGUUAUUAUUAAAAGGUGAACCUGGAGUUCCUGGGCCACCAGGUCCACCUGGACCACCAGGCCCCACAGGAUUACCAGGUUUUGAUGGUAGAGUUGGUUUACCUGGAGAACCCGGUCCCCCUGGGGAACUUGGUUCUUCUGGGCCACCUGGGCCUGUUGGGCCAAUGGGCAAAGAUGGCUUACCUGGACCUAAGGGUGAAAAAGGUUUAAAAGGUGACAGAGGUUUCAUGGGUGCCCCUGGACUUCCUGGUAUGCCUGGAAAACCAGGUUUGAAUGGACAUUUAGGACUUCCUGGUCCCAAAGGAAAUCCUGGUGAAAAAGGAGAUAAAGGUGACCGAGGUCUUACAACAACUCUUGAUGGAAAUUCUUUCCCAACUGGUUUCAUUGAAGGACCACCCGGUCCUCCUGGACCUCCAGGUCCAGCUGGUCCACCUGGAAGAAAAGGAAAAAGAGGACUUCCUGGCCAGCCAGGAUUCAAAGGAGAACCUGGUAGAAUUGGUUUGAAGGGUGAAAAAGGUGAAAAGGGAGAUUUAGGAUCUCCAGGUUUCCCGGGAGACAGAGGUUUGCCUGGAAUUCCAGGUUUUAAUGGUUCCAAAGGAGAUGAUGGCAUUCAAGGACCUCCUGGAAUACCAGGAAUGUCUGGUUCUAAGGGUGAUAAAGGUGAAAGAGGUGAAUUAGGUGCACCUGGAUUAAUGGGACCACCUGGAUUACCGGGACCUCCAGGCAGACUUGGACUGAAAGGAGACAAGGGAAACAAAGGUGAAGUGAUACCAUACAGAUACUGGAAGCAGGGAGACAGGAGACUAGAUGGAAAAACAUUCACUGGACCUCCCGGACCACCAGGACCCCCUGGCUUACAAGGCAUUCAAGGUCCUCCAGGUGUUAAAGGAGACAAAGGAGUAGAUGGACAGAAAGGAGAACCUGGUGAUGUAGGAACUAAAGGUGAACCAGGACCAAUGGGGCUUCCAGGUCCAAGAGGGGUUCCUGGACCAUCUGGAAGAGACGGAAUGGAUGGUAAACCAGGGCUUAUAGGCCCACCAGGAUUGGAUGGAAUGAAGGGUGAAAGAGGAGAUCAAGGCAGAAAAGGAGAUAAAGGUGAACCAGGAUUGCCAGGCACAGACGGAAUACCAGGUUUACCGGGGCCAAAAGGGGAGAAGGGAGAGAUUGGACCUGAGGGUUUACGUGGCAAACGAGGUAAAAGAGGCGAGAAAGGAGAAAAAGGAGAUCAAGGAGUCCCUGGUUUAGAUGCUCCUUGCCCAUUAGGACCGGAUGGCUUACCAUUACCUGGCUGUGGUUGGAGGCCGCCUCCUGGCGGUGGACCUAUUCCACCUGGUGCAUAUCCUCCUGGCCCCUACCCCACAGGACCGGAUGUGUAAAGGAAGCCUGUCUAAUCAUGAGCUCAUCACUGCCACCAAAACGUAAAAGGAUCCAAGCAGCACCUGCAAGAUAAUCAGAAGAUCAACCAAAUACCUGAAGAUGAAUCUUUUUUUCUUUUGAACUUGUGAAGAUUUCAGAGAGACGCUACUUAUAAGCAAUCGGAUGGAGGAAAAAAAAAAAUAUGGAUUUGUGGCAACAAAUUGUGAUGGCGUUUUCUAAAUGAAUUCUCAUAAUCCUUUUUUUCUCCUAUUUGGUACAAGAGUCAAUUGUUUUUUUGAUGUUUUCGUUCAUCUCAAUGAUAUUUAAAUUCAACAUUUCAUAUCAUCUGCAUCAACAGGAACAAGGCUGCAUUUAAUUUAUUCCUGUUGUGUUGUUUUUCUAGACGGAGGUCGUUUCGAAAAAAAACUGAUGUGUUGAUUACCUUUAUAUGAAGUAAAGAAAUACCAAGAAAAACUUUUACUCGUGAACGCGAUAUGUUUCGCGCACUCGAAUGAGUCGAAAUGUGCAACGUUCACAUUUCGACCUCAUUUGCAAAUUAAUGACUCUGUCGAGUUUAUAUCAUUACAAUCAUAUCACUUGUCUGCACGUAAAGUGGAUAUCAAAUAAAAGAGAAUUAUCAGCCCGAAUAACUAUUUUGUGAAUGUGCAGGUGAAAGAAAGAAUUUUUUUCUGUUGAUUAGCAUGAGUGGAUUUUACUCCGACAAUUUUUUCAACUGUUUGUCACACACAAACGAGUGCAAGUGUAAAGCAAGCAAUCAUUAAAUUAAUCGUUCUUUUCCCGUC